CAAAAUUUCUGGGCCGGAACUUAGCAAAAAUAGUCGGUUACUUUCGAUUAGCAAUUAGGCUCGUUUUACUGACACGAUAGCAGAAAGCGUAUUUUGCUUAAUUUUAGUAAAAACGAAGUUUGUUGGCCGCCAAAUUUUUUUGGCGGUAGCCGAAUUUGCCGCCGCAAAAAAGAAAAACAAUGUGAAUGAAAUUUGAUGUCAGCCGUGUCUUUGUGGACCAAGUGGACGACGAAAUGUUGGCCGAAUCGCAACUGGGAGCAUACAGGUUUCCGCUGCAAGUGGAGGAAAGUCAUCAAUGUCAGAGAAUGGACGGGGAUGAUGCGAAGUCUAGGCAGAAUAAAAACUUUCAAUGGUUUCUGUUGGUCGACAAAGGAAACAUCCGGAAACCAGCAGUACUAAUUCUAUUUACCGUCAUCCGGAACAUCCCAGUUCAGGCGCCGGAAGAAAAUUGUCAUAUGCAAAGUAAGAAUAAGUGUUUUGAAAUGAAGUGAAAGUCCAAAUAAAAGUGCAAUAAAAUUUGUAA